AUGAGUGGAGUGGCCGAUAACCGCAGCAGCUGGCAGCGAUCGCAAGGGCGAGGCAACAACCGCGCCUCGGGCUCCAACGCUCCAGGCAAGGACGGCGGCCGCCAGCAGGCCAUGUCUGCGCUCUCGGGCAAUGCUUGGAAGGGAAAGGCAGCGGGUUCUGCGGAGAGAGCGCAAGCUCAAUCUCACUCCACCCCUCCUCAGGCCGAACACCACCCAGUGAAGGACUUCAACACGGCCGAGGUCAAGGACUUCUUGAAAAAGAAAUACCUUGAGACCGUCGCAGGUACAUCCCCUCCGAGCUACCACGAUCUGACAAGCACAUUGGCUGACAUUGCAUCCAAAGACCGCCCUUCGGUAUACCACAAAGUCCAGGGAGAUUCCGUUGCAAAAAGGAGCAGUGGGGCAUGGGGCUCUCGAGGCAACAUGCCCCAUCUCAUGCCUAACGGGCAAGACUUCUUCACCCAGCUCAAGAAGCAGCUAGCAACCCUGGAUCAGGGCAAAUGA